AUUACUUAUAGUGAUUUCGAAGAUUCAGCAGUGAGUCUUCACAUUGGCACAUACAACAUGACCAUGUAGUCAUUGUAGUCGAAUCUUUUAAAACAAUUGCUGGGAAAUCAUGAAAUUUACGCAUUGGGACGAUUUCUGACUAGAAUUUUGAGCGAAUUCAACACCACAGAUCGCACAUAAAACUGGCACUUUUCAAGUUUCAUUUACUCAUUAUAGGAUUUUUCUUCAUUUUUUCAGUUUUUCUUUCUUUUCUUAUGAUUUAGUGAUUAAAUUUAAUAAAAUUACUCAGAACUCAUCAUUUAUUGCUUGUAAUUGUAUUAACGAUCAACAACGUAAAUUUUUAGGAGUCCAAAAUUGGUGAUAAGGAUGGCUGAUUGUUUGGGUACGGGUCGGGGUCUAUGGUCGAGCAUUUUCGACGUCUCGACGAAAUGCCUGUCGGCUGUCUUCAGUAUCUUCGUUAAGUCUUCGUAUUCGUAAGUUCGAAGGCUCUUUGGAUUUGGAAAGUCGAAGUGGAAGAUGAGUGGAAGUGGAACACACACCACAUCAUGAAAAUACAUCCACGUAAUUUGCAAAUUAGAAGUUCGUCGUUGCGUCGUUAUCUGUGUUUCACCGACAGAGCGGCGAUUACUGAUAAGAAACGAAACUUGAAAAAAAUUAUUUGGUGUAAGUUUUGUUAAUCAUUACCAUUUUAUUUAAUGAAAUUUAAAGCAUCGUACAUCAUAAUAAAUUAAUGAAACUGUUUUCAAAACAUACCAUUCAAUCGCUAUCUUCGGAACAGAUAAUAAGAACAACUUGUGAUGAUUGGUCACAAUGGAAAUGAAACUAAGAAUUCAGCGUUAUCAGAUUCAGCUUUAGCAGGUGGUUUGAGUGGUGCGUUGACCAGACUCCUCUUACAACCUCUGGAUGUCAUCAAAACUAGAUUUCAAUUACAAGUCGAGCCAAUAUCUCGAAAACAUGAAACAUCCAAAUAUCGAAGUAUGUCUCAAGCUGUCAAAGUCAUAUGUCAAGAAGAAACCGUUUUCGCUCUGUGGAAAGGGCACGUUUCAGCUCAAAUAUUAUCCGUAAUGUUCGGUGUUGCCCAGUUUACAGUUUACGAAGAAUUGACCAAAGUAACGACUCAUUUGAAUACAGAUUCGUUCCAUGGAACUGCGUUGAAUUUUUGCAGCGGAGGGAUCGCCAGCGGUUUUGCUACAAUUAUAUCGUUCCCGUUCGAUCUAGUUCGCACUCGGUUCAUUGCUCAAGGACAAACGAAAGCUUAUACUUCUGUUUACGAUGCUGUCGCCAAAAUAAUUCGAGUUGAAGGAUUCAAAGGACUUUACAAAGGUUUAACACCAACGUUAAUACAAUCAGCACCGUACGGAGCUUGCCAAUUCGGUUAUUUUACCAUUUUUUCAAAAAUCGAUGCUAAUUUUCAUGUGUUCAGUCAAACUUCUGAUGGAAGCAAGUCAACUUCAAGUUCCUUAACUGCUGGUUUUCUAGCAGGAAUGUGUGCCAAAGCCACAACAUAUCCGUUAGAUUUGAGUCGGAAAAGACUGCAAAUUCAAGGCUUCCACGAAGCAAGAAAAGGUUUCGGAAAAGCUUUUAUAUGCAACGGAUUUAUCGACUGUUUGGUAAAAAUUUACGCUGAAGAAUCGUUCAAAGGAUUUUUCAAAGGUUUACAACCAUCGUUACUCAAGUCAGCAGUUACAACUUCUUUGUACUUUGCAUUUUACGAACAAAUCUUGGAAUUUUUACGAAUGAAUUCUCAAUCUCACUAGUUAUAAUUUUGUUUCGGCGUUGUAUUUUAAGUAUACGGUUUGUUUCUAUUAAUUUUGUGUUGUUACGAUAAAUAAUUAAAUUGUUGAAUUGAAAAUUA